AAUAUAAAUAUUUUUGUACCAACAAAGUUUGGUCGGAACAAGAUGAAGGGAUGGCGCCAAAACGUAAAGCAAAGCCUCCGCCGGCCAAGAAAAAGCGGAUGUCAUUAUCAAAAAGGAAUAAAGCAAGCUCGCUUUCAAGCGAAUAUCUAAAGCGGAUCUCUUCCUCAGAAAAUGGCGACAUCGAUGGGAGCCAAAGUACUGCACCGAGCAGAAAAAGAAAGACGAAACAUAAGCGCACUCAAUAUAAUGAGAGCCAAUUGAAUACAGUAUGGCAGAAUCCCAGCUAUAAAACUGAGUUGAGCGUGUCUAAAUCGCAAUCUGAUGACAGUCGCCUGGCUACUUCAAUUUCAGUCGAUGGGGUCAAUACUGAAGUGUCUGAAAGUAUAGUACCAAUGCAGUCCGAUUUUGUAUCAAAUCUACCGGAGAAUGAUGACGUCGACAGCUUCGUUCCGGUACCAGCGGGAAAACUCGAAAAAACAAGAGUACCGCGAAUCUUGAGCCGAAAACGCCCUCAUGCUGCUCCUCCUGUGGAUUCUGCGUUAGUGUUGGUUCACAACCAGUUGGUGAUGUUAGAAAGUCGUUUUCGAAAAGAUUUGCAUGAACUCGAAAAUUCAUAUAUAACGAACUAUUAUUCCCCACUAUGCAAACUGCGAAACAAAUUACUCGAAGCAGCUAAAGUACUAAACAGUGUGGAACCAAAGGAACAUCAUCGGAAACAUGAGAGAAACAAUCACAGGACCAGUAUUUCUAAACAACAACCAAAAGCGAGUGCUGGUCCAUUGGCCCCAUCGACUAGUGCGGGCGUUGCAAAUACUUCUCAUUUGCCAUCGUGUGAGCUGUUCGAGUGCUGUGCUAAAGUAUUUGCCAAAACAUUUGGAGAAGAGAAGUGGGCUGGACUUGCUCGCAUGCUGUGUCAUAUUUCCGACGCAAUGUACCAAACUUCACACUGUAAUGAUUGUGACGCCAAACCACACAAGUUCUGGUUUUAUGUAUUUCAACGUUCUGAGCCUAUGUUGAGUGGAAUGCUGAAUGCGCGCGAUGUAGAAAUAUUGACUCAUUUACGCGAUGUUCGUGUGCAUUUGUUCACUGCUCCUUGGCCGGAGUCACCAGAUAUCAAGUCAGACGUACGAGUGGCACGCAAACAUCCGCCAUUAAAAACAAAAUUACCUAAAAUGUCCGCUCGGCAGUCAGUUUCCUUGCCAAGUCAUACUUCAAAUAAUGAUGUUGGAAGUACAGGACGAGAAGCUAUAGAUCCAUCCUCCAGAGCAUGCCACCGUAAUUCUGAAACGACAACUAACGACAAGAGUAGUACAGACAACGAUACAAAUAGGGCCUUGGGAUUUGAAAUUGAAUUUGAAUUUUAUCCUAACGAGCACAUAUCAAACAAGAUUUUACGCAAACGUUAUUUGAUCGAUUUCAAACCACAUGAUGAUGAUUACAUUGAAGUAAAGCAAUACAAAACAUUUAUGACACCACAAGAUUGUACAAGUAAGGUCUAUUUUUGUACGAGUGAUGGCGGAGAUGAACUAAGUACUGAUUCGGAAAAUGAUGGUCCUGUUUCAAAACGUAAAAAGGAAGACAAAUUCCGAAAAUCGAGAAUAAGAACAAAGAAACAUCGUUGUCACAGGAUUCUUGAUUAUCGUGGACCAAGAUUAGUUGCAAUUGAAGGAAGUACAAUCAAAUGGAAAAAACGCAGAACUGAUUCCAAAAAGGGUCACGAUUCUGCGCGCUGGAGAAGACCGUGGAUGGCAUCAUCAGACUUAUCGGUGAAAACCUCUUCUUCUGGUGAGAGCUUAGGAGAACUGGAUACUUCAUUUUUCGAUUUCUUUGGUUGGAAUUGGGACAUUUAUUCUAAUCGAAUUUUGACAAAUGAUAGAACGAGAGAAAUCGAACUUGGUAAAGAUGAGAUACGAAUAUACAUAACGAGAGACUACGAACUAGGCUCGUACAUUCGUGAUGUUGUAGUCCCAAGAGCUUUUGCAAUAUAUAGAUCCUGUAAAAGAAUUGGUCUACAAACAAAAGCUUCGUCGCCUGCUGAAUCGUUGCUUGACACGGUAUCUCAUGUUGAAUCAAUUGAUAAAUUCAAAGCUUCUCAAAGAGUUCAUCACGCUUAUUCUGUAAAUCCUGCUUAUGUAAUUUCGGCUCCAACUAUCCCACCGCCUCAGUCACUUGCACCUGAACAAGUCCUGGACGUUGGCGAAACACCCUCCGUUGUAGUUGAAUCUCCGCCGAAUGGUGCACCAGAACCACAGUCGCAAAUAGAAAUUAAUCAAGCUAGAAGUUAUGAUGAUGUUGAUGACAUUAUGGUAUUUCCGUCAAAAACAGAUCAGACAGAUGCUGAUCAGAAAAAAGAUGUUUCAACCCAGAAUGUGCAUACUGGUAUUCCCGCGAUUGGCGGAUCAGAGAUUGAUGAUUCUCGUAGAAAAGUAUCUGAACUUGUCAAGAAUGUCAACACUAUUAUUCACCAAGCCAACGAACACACUGCAUUCCACCAACCAUUUGUUUCAACUGAACCACAGCCCGGCGCUCCUCUGACUUGUCCUCUUGACUUACAACUCAUCCCAGAUGUUCCAGAGUCUGCUGUAUGCCGUGAUACAUAUUCUUCAGCUGAUAGCGAUAUCCCUUCAUCCGGACUUGCUUCACACAAAGGAGACCAAGCAGAUGAUGAAAAUAACUACAGGUCAGACGGUGAUCCGCCAAGUGUGAAUCGUGCAUUUGAAAAAAUUCGUGGUCAGUUUCGAAGAGGAAAUUGGAAAAAAGUUGACCGAGAUUCUACAAAGGGGCGGAUAAAGCCACGCAGGUGUUUGAUCAAUGAUGAAGAUGAUGAUGAAAUAGUAUCUUCUGUUGCUGAAAAAGAGAAAAAAAUCAAGUUCCAUCAAGGUUCGCCAUGCCCCAGUGAUGAGAAUGCAAAAAUUGAUGAAAGUGAUUUGCUUAGCUCAUCUGCUGCAUCUGAUGCACUUCAAGAAUCUGCCACUCCAUCAACCUCAGAAUACGACGUUAGUAAUCCAGAUGUUUGUCCUUGUGAUUUACACUUGCUUGAUGAAGGCACAACUUGUAUGAAAAAGGGACGAAGGGGGGCAAAAGUUGACAACAGGCACAUCUUGUGCGAGAACAGCGAAGAUGAUAUUCCCCUUUGCUCAAUGGGGAAAGAUAUUCUCAAAGAUGAAAAUUUACGCAAAGAAUAUAUGAAGGAAGAAAUGAAAAUGAAAGUAGCUGAAUUCCGAGAAGUAUCAAGUUCAGACAGUGAAGCACCUCCUCCAGCACCGGAUCCCAGUUCAUGCAAGCAACAAUAACAAAUUGAACUUCGGUGUGGCCUGAAUAACAAAAUAAAUGAAAUAAAAUCAA